AUGAUCCGGAAAAGUCCGAUUAUUCAACAGCAACGGCUAUCAGCUUUGGUACUGUCACCGCCAGCACAGACCACAACAACAACAACAACACCUGUUCCCCCCCACCAGAAACAACUCCCCGAUGUAGCAAAAAUUUCAGGUAUGAACCCCAAGCAGCGGGAAGAAGCAGCCACAACAACAAGAACCGAACCCAAAACCGACUCUGAACGAACCCUUGACGAAUUUGUCCGUGAGCUGGAGGGGUUUGCAAAGGCGUUUGAUGGGACUCGUGGGUCGUUGUUGUUGUCUACACCGUCAACGACGGCUUCGGUGAGGACGGUGCGGGAGCUUUUGCCUUGGAGGGAGGAGUUUUGGGAGGUGGGGUUGGCGGUUACUUCUUGCGAGCAGAAGGGACAGGUGAGGAGGUAUGAUGAGGGGGGAAAGAAGUUGGAGGGGAGUAGGACGAGGAGGUUGGAUCAGUUUGGGGGGACUAAUGUCCGAAGUUGGGGGGGAAGGGGAAGGGGGGGUUUGGAGAUGGGCGUCGUGAAGAGGGUUUCGUCUUUGGAUAUCACUUUGGCUGCUAAAGAGUUGAGUUUUGGGACGGGGGUUAUGGAGGGGGUGGCCUCUUUGGGGAGUAAGGAGUCAAGUUCGGGGACGGUGGUUGUUUAUAAGCCGAGACGGGGGAUGAUGGCUGAUGAGACGGAGAUGAAAGAGGAGGGCAGCAGCUCGCGGAAUAACGAGAUUUAUUCGGGGUCGAGUAGUACGUCUGUUGAGCCGGUUAAGCUGGCGGCGGUGGAGAAGAGAGUUGUUAGGGCGAGGGCGAGUACGGUGUUUUUGGCGAAUAAGCCUUUGCCUGUUGCGCCGGCGUCGUCUGUGGCGGCGAGUUCGGAGGAUGUGGGAACUACGGUGGGAUCGCAGAGUGAGGUAAAACCGGAGGGAUAUCAGAAGCUGGGGUCUAGUUCUGGGAGUGAGAAGGAGCCGUUGCUGCCGCUUUCGGAGCAGCCGGUGAAUAGUUCCUCGGGGGAGAGGUCGGUGAAGGGGAAGGAGGUGGAUAGGGGAGGGGGGGAAGAUGAGAAGGUGUUGCCUGCGCUGCUGCCGCCAAGGACGGCGCCGCAGGUGAGGCAUGGGAUCAAGAGUGAUUGGCAGGCUGGGGGUAGUAUGGUUAGUGCGUGGAGGCAGUUGCCUACUACUAUUGUUGAGGAGAGCGAGCCGUCGCCGGAGAAGGAGGUGAGGGUGUUGGGGGUGAAGGGGAGUAUCGAUCAGGAGCAGAAGCUCUUGAUGGAGAACAAGGGUGUUAAUCAGGCGCAUGGCUUGAACAAGCAGGCGGGAGUUUUGAAGACAAAGACAGAGUUGGAGGCGAAGGGGAAGGGGAUUAAUACUCCUAUGCCAACACCAGCUCAGGGGAAGACACCGGUAAAGGCACCAUUUGUCAUUAAUCGCGGCGUUAUCACCAAGACACCUGAGCUUCUCCUCCCCCAAACAUGGGAACACCACCCCCUAGGCACGCCAUCCUCCUUUAAGAGAGCGCUCGAUGACGUGGUGCGAAAACUCGACGCGAUGGAGGUGAGGGAAUGCUCCUCCCCCUUUGGUGCAGUGUCAUCGCCAACGACAAUGACAAUCACAACAAGCAGCAGCACCAAAAAAAGAACGUCUUCGUCGUCUGGGAGCAACGGGAAAACCCCCUCACCAACAACACCGGCGCAGAGGCUGCAGAAGGCGGCGAUGAUGAGAAGGGAGAGGAUGGAUGCUGAGCAGCAGCAGCAACAGCAGCAGUGUGCUAACUUGCCCCCUUCUGCUUCUAUUGUUCAACCGGUACGUUCACGGGAGUAUAUACCGUAUAUGAUGCCGCCUCCUGGAGGGUUGGGGUUCAGGCCGAGUGAGUCGAACUCUUCUAGAGGGUUGGGGCAAGGGCGGAAUUUGAGGAAGGGGCUUUUUGCGGGGGUGGGAGCAAGGGAGAUGGAAGACGACAGGGAUAUUUCUGAUGAGGAUGUGCUGAAGGGACUGAAGAUUAUUUGUGCGGCGUCGGCGGAUAAGGAGUUUUGA